AACAAUUAGUUGUUGAAAAUUUUGAAUAAAUUAAAAUUAACACUGGGUUAAGUCUUCAUCUAUUGUAUCAAUUCAUAUGAGACCGGAUCUAACAGACCGCCCUGAAAUUCCGAGAAAAAAUUUUUUUAGUUUUUAAAUUAGUGGGGAGAAGAAACACCUAGUGGAAUAGCUCAUUUUUAACGUUAAGUUGUAGAAUCGCAUCAAGUAUGUAGAUAAUCUUGUCGCACGUGUCCUUACGUUUCUUUUUAGUGGAAGGGACACCGAUCAUAUUAUAUAAAAGCCACCUACGAAUUCUGUAACUCCUCAUUUUUCUGGAUCUUUUUAUAAGUUCUCAAAUAUGAAGUUGUUACAAAUAAUUAUUUUGCUAAUCGCAUUCUGUUCGAUGGGAUAUGCUGCCACUAGAUCCUUCAAUUUUGUAGCAGAAAAAUCAGACAGUGUACAAGAACAUACUAGACAGAAACGGGGAUUGCUUUUAGCUAAAGCUAAAUUUUUGGGAGGAUCAUUACUGGCGAAGAAAGCUCUUAUUUUAGGUGCUGGUGCUGGUGCUGGUGCUGGCCUUGUUGGUGGUCUUGCCGGUGGUGGUCUUGCAGGUGCUGCAGUAUACAAACUCGCAAAUCAUCUUCCUAACAGUGGUGGUGGCGGCGGCCAUUUAGGAUAUGUGGGAACUUAUGGAGGUUCACGCGGAUGCGUGCAUGGAGGUGCACACGGAGGUGCACACGGAGGUGCACACGGACACUUACAUGGAGAAUUUGAAGGAAAUAUAUUUCCACAACCUUGCGAUCAUUAUGGUCCACCUUGCGUUGCUAAAGCACCCAAUCCGUGCUGUUAACAAAUUAAUUUAAAAAAAAGUUUGUCGUCCAGAAGAUUCUAACAGAACUUCUAAAAAACAUUAAGAUGAAAUGUGAA